UCAAAUCUGGUGAUGAUUCAUUAAAUGAUAUAUGUUUAUGUUAAUUUGUCCACGUGACGAUGGUUAAAUAGGACCAUUUUAGAGGAAUAACUGAAAUAUUGGUGAGAGGAUCGGUUUACACAGUACAUGUACGAUAAUUAACUAAUCAGAACAGAUAUGUAGGAUUUCAACUAGUUAAUCUAUACAAUAUUCCCUUGAUUUACUGUAAUAUAAUUCUUUUGUUACUAUAAGUCAGGCACUUGUCAUCAUAUUUUAGGUAUUUCAAAUUAAGUAGCACAUUUCAAGAACUAGAUUUUCUAUCACCGAAGCUCUUAAUGCGAUAUUUGCAUCAUUUUAUUCUAAAAAUUCACCACGCUAUUUCUGUUUCGAUCUUUUUUAUCUUUGGCUUUGCUUCUACACUCUCACUUCCUAUUCAAACCAAAGUUGAAAAACGAAUCAGAUCGUAACAAUUUACAGAUCUGACACAUGGUUUCAGACAGGAUGUCCUUGAUAAGAUUGUGAAAACAAAGCUUGUGUCUUGACACUGAAACAUUAGUCAUUCAUAUAUUUUAGUUACCAAGAGAUAUAAAAUGCGUAAAAAUAACUUCCUGCAGGAUGAGAAGAGCAUGAAGAAGAGACCUGAAAUUCAAAAUGAUCGAUUUAUAAUAAACAAAUAAUAGAAAUUAUUUUCUUCUGCAAAUAAUUUACUUUAUUUUGCAAGAAAAAGCUGUCAACACCGUUGCUAUGCAGUUACGUCACGAUCACUAGGCAAUUGGUGAUCCUCGGAUAUUAUCGUCCGUUACGCAUGGUUUCUAGCCACCAUGCUAUCAUUAAGCCGGGUAUCAGUUCUACCAACGGUAUAUAAGCACCGAAAGUCCGUGCAAAUUUCUCUUUCUCGAUUCAACACCGAAGAUAAACUACGCUGCUAAAAGCUAAAUUUCACAGCUGUAAACUCUAGUACUACGUUUGUCAUGCCACGUGGUCGAGGCGUACGGAGGAGGAAUAUUGCUGCUGCUGGGCCAAGGCAGCAAGGUGCUGCGGGUAGGAAUCGUAAUGCUAGGCGGGCACACAACGUAAAUAAUGCCGAUGUCAAUCCUGUCAACGAUGAUGUAGUUGCCGGUCAAAGAUUGGUUGAUUCACAUUGCCAGACGGACUCUCCACCCUCUCCAAAUCCGGUGGUAACUGCACGGGGCCAGAAGCGCACGAGCGAGGACCUCGAUGGUGCAAGCAACAGCUUAUUACAGCCAGAUGCGGACGCUUGGAUACUGGGUGAUUCCAUCCCUUAUUGGGCCGGGAUAAGAGCUGAAGCUACUGGAAAACCCAACCUUCGCUUGCCAGGUAAGACAAUUGCCUGGUGGGCCGUCAGGGGUCUGCAUUGGUUCUCUUUUCGCCGCACUAUUGAGGCUGCAGUCCUGCUCUCAUCCCCACCCAAAGCCAUUAUUAUUCAUUUAGGGGGAAAUGACUUGACCUCUCUUUCAAUUUUUCAAAUUAAAAACCUAAUCAACAGAGAGGUUAAAUACCUAAGAACAGCUUUUCCUGCAGCAACAAUUAUUUGGAUCAAUAUACUGCAAAAACGGGUGUGGGAUGGCGCAGUCAAUCCGUGGCGUACCAUAGAGAACAAGCGUACAAGGGUUAAUCGCUGGGGCAGAUAUUUGGUCCGCUCAUCUGGCAAACAUGAUAUUGUAUCUCCUGACAUUGAUUCGGCAACUAACUUUUGGAGACAAGAUGGCGUCCAUUUAAAUAAUGUCGGUUUAGAGUUUUAUCUAGACUAUAUUAGAGAUGUACUGGAUAAAAACUUAAAGCAAUAGUGCUUAUACUUCAAGCGCUUUGGAUAAAAGCUUGUUACUACUGCUAUAGAAGUCUGCUCAGCUGGAAAUGUGAGACUAUAUUUCAUGAAGAAAAAUUUAGUUUACACAAUGUUCUUUAAGAAUUUUUGGGGUAUAAAUUUCUAGAAAUUAUUGUGGCGUAAAAAUUUUGUCGGUCGAGGGUUGAACACGCGAGCCAGCAAAAUUCACUGCUUAUACACAAAAUUAUUUUAUUAUUUGAUAUUGUAUGGUAUCUGUCUGUCGAAUUUUCUCCUAAAUCGAUGUUGGGGCCUUGGCCUCAUUCCCGUCGGUUUGGCGGCCUAUUCGACUGACGUAUUUAUAGUAAUAAUACACAUCGUUAUUUGAAUCGCGGUUAGAUAAAUUUUGAUUGUAAGCCUGCAAUUCUGUUUGCGUUUCUAGGUUUUGCCCAAGUGAUCUGGCAAUCCUAGCUUGCUUAGUUUACUGUUGCGCUUGCCAUAUUUGCCUAGUUUGCGUAGUUUAUUGUUGCACUUGCCAAGUUUUUUACUUGAUUGGUUUCAAGUAAAUUUGCGUCUUUGCCCGUGGAUUCCAAUGAUAGCUUGCCUUAUUCGCAAACAGGUUUUGCCAUUUGCUUAUUUUGCUAUUCAUGUCGGACAGUUGCUUCGGCACUCCCUGUCAUAAUAUUGCAGUCUCGUUACUCGUUUUUAUGGACAAAAAUUUGCCUCGAUCCGCACUUCGUUUUUACUCAUUCAGGCUCGCUGGUUCUUCUCGACCGACUGUGUUUGGACAGUUGCUCCGGCACUCCCUGUCCAAACAUUAAGUGGCCUUAAACCUCCAAACUUACCAUAAUAAUGUUAUUAUACGUUACUUGUUACCCCUUGUGAUAAAUGUCAUAUGAUAUAAUGUUUUACAUGAUUCUUAUUGAAUAAUAAUGAUAAAUCGUGAAGUAUUUGUUUUAUUUACUUUCGAAUGAUAAAAUAAUAGAAAUUAUUUUCUUCUGCAAAUAAUUUACUUUAUUUUGCAAGAAAAAGCUGUCAACACCGUUGCUAUGCAGUUACGUCACGAUCACUAGGCAAUUGGUGAUCCUCGGAUAUUAUCGUCCGUUACGCAUGGUUUCUAGCCACCAUGCUAUCAUUAAGCCGGGUAUCAGUUCUACCAACGGUAUAUAAGCACCGAAAGUCCGUGCAAAUUUCUCUUUCUCGAUUCAACACCGAA